AGAGGCCCCGGGGGCCCGUCUAGUGGGGCGUUGGGGAAGCGCUAGCAACCACUCUGCUCCCUUUGGCUUCUUCUUGCGACUUUUCUUUUGUUGUUGCUGUGACCCGGGUCUGUUUUCUUGUCUGCUGUUGAAGGUGUUUUCUUGCUGGACUGGCAGUGAGUCCAAUUCUUUCCCUCUGGUGUAACACCCCCCUCCCCCUUUUAAAUUUUCUGCCCAAUAUGUUUUACAUAGAGUAUAAUACAUAGAGAUUCGCAUCUUUCUCUUCUUCCUCGGACCCCCCUCCCCAACCCUCUUUAAAAACGAAAAGUAAAACCUCCAACAACCUCUCUGGACCAGCAGCAGUGAGAGUUAGCGGGGUCGAUUUGUGGAGUAAGGAGUCACCAACUCAUUUCGGUGCUUGGGACUCAUUAAACUGUCACUUACCCGACCCCACUGAGUAAAUGGGGUGAUUAAUGCCUGAUCACUUGGAGCUGGGAGAGGACAUUUGUGAAGUGGCAAAGUUGAAAAGGAGCGUAUCCCUUAGACUACUAAGUCUAAUUGACUUAAGUAAUAAACUCAUUGUUAGGAAAAGUUAGUUUUUGAGGGGUGGAGGGAAGAGAGAACUGUUGACUUUGCCAUUCAUUUAACAUUCCUCACUUUUUUCCUAACGAGGAUGCAGUUCAUUAACAUUUAAGCUGGGGCAUUUACAGUUGAGCUAUAGGCCAUGUUUCUCUCCCUGCCCUCCCCAACCCCCCCUUCACACCUCGCCCUUCCAAAGGUCUUUGGGGAUGAAUCUGACAUUCACAGAUGUCAGUAGCACCAUGCACAGCACCAUUCUGUCCAGCUGAGGUUACCCUUCUAUUUCAUCAGCCAUUAAAAAACCCACAGACCAGUCUGCUUUUUUUCCACCGAUCUAACAGACCUGGAGCCAGCAAGACUCAGAGGAAAGGACUUAAUCAGGUUUAUGUGUACUAAAGGUUAUGAAGACAGUAUGGAGUUUCCAGACCAUAGUAGACAUUUGCUACAAUGUCUGAGUGAGCAGAGACAUCAGGGUUUUCUUUGUGAUUGCACUGUUCUGGUAGGAGAUGCCCAGUUCCGAGCGCACCGAGCUGUACUGGCUUCAUGCAGCAUGUAUUUCCACCUCUUUUACAAGGACCAGCUGGACAAAAGAGACAUUGUUCAUCUGAACAGCGACAUUGUUACAGCCCCAGCUUUCGCUCUCCUGCUUGAAUUCAUGUAUGAAGGGAAACUCCAGUUCAAAGACUUGCCCAUUGAAGACGUGCUAGCAGCUGCCAGUUAUCUCCACAUGUAUGACAUUGUCAAAGUCUGCAAAAAGAAGCUGAAAGAGAAAGCCACCACGGAGGCGGACAGUACCAAAAAGGAAGAAGAUGCUUCAAGUUGUUCGGACAAAGUGGAGAGCCUCUCUGAUGGCAGUAGCCACAUGGCAGGCGAUUUGCCCAGUGAUGAAGAUGAAGGAGAAGAUGAAAAAUUGAACAUCUUGCCCAGCAAAAGGGACUUGGCGUCUGAGCCUGGGAACAUGUGGAUGAGGUUGCCCUCAGACUCAGCAGGCAUUCCCCAGACUGGCGGAGAAGCAGAUACACACGCAACAGCAGCUGGAAAAACAGUAGCCAGCCCCUGCAGCUCUACAGAGUCUUUGUCCCAGAGGUCUGUCACCUCCGUGAGGGAUUCAGCAGAUGUUGACUGUGUGCUGGACCUGUCUGUCAAGUCCAGCCUUUCAGGAGUUGAAAAUCUGAACAGCUCUUAUUUCUCUUCACAGGACGUGCUGAGAAACAACCUGGUGCAGGUGAAGGUGGAGAAAGAGGCUUCCUGUGAUGAGAGUGAUGUUGGCACUAAUGACUAUGACAUGGAACAUAGCACUGUGAAAGAAAGUGUGAGCACUAAUAACAGGGUACAGUAUGAGCCGGCCCAUCUGGCUCCUAUGAGGGAAGACUCGGUCUUGAGGGAGCUAGAUCGGGAGGACAAAGCAAGUGACGAUGACAUGAUGACUCCAGAGAAUGAGAGAGUCCAGGUGGAAGGGAACAUGGACAGCAGUUUACUCCCUUAUGUCUCAAACAUACUCAGUCCAGCUGGCCAAAUAUUCAUGUGCCCUCUCUGCAACAAGGUCUUUCCCAGUCCCCAUAUUCUGCAAAUUCAUUUAAGCACGCACUUUCGAGAGCAGGAUGGGAUCCGCAGCAAGCCUGCUACUGAUGUCAAUGUCCCAACAUGCUCCUUGUGUGGUAAGACUUUUUCUUGCAUGUACACCCUGAAACGCCACGAGAGGACUCAUUCAGGGGAAAAGCCCUACACUUGUACCCAGUGUGGGAAGAGCUUCCAGUACUCCCACAACCUGAGCCGCCAUGCUGUGGUUCACACACGGGAGAAGCCACAUGCCUGUAAGUGGUGUGAACGUAGGUUCACACAGUCUGGAGACCUUUACAGACAUAUUCGGAAGUUUCACUGUGAGUUGGUGAACUCCUUGUCUGUUAAAAGUGAAGCACUGAGCUUACCUACUGUCAGAGACUGGACCUUAGAAGAUAGCUCUCAAGAACUUUGGAAAUAAUUUUAUAUAUAUAUAAAUAAUAUAUAUAUAUACAUACACACACACACACACAUACA